AUGACAGAGACCACAACUGGCUCCUUCCUUCUAGCUUCUCCGAAGAAGAAGAAGAGUACAACAACAUUGGCCUCCAUGGGUAGCCCUACUCCAAGCUCAGCAUCCAAUCACUCUCGUUCUUCUUCCAAAACCAUCAUGAACAAUAAUAAUAAUCAUUUAACAACCGCUCCAUUCUCCUCACGCAACAGCACUGAUGCUCCUUCCACUCCAUUGAGUCGGAAUCAUUCAACAACUGUUUCCAACAAGGUUCAUAAUAUCAAUUCUCAUGCCAUCACACCCAAAUCGUCAAGUAAUAUUCCUUCCAAUACCCCCAUGAAAACCACUCCCAAAAGUAAUUUAAACAUGAUCACUCCCUUGUCCUCUCAUACCAAUCUCUCCAAUCCUGCACUCUCUUCCAACGCUCGAAAUGCUGAAAAUUACUUUGGAGCCGUCUCUCAUUUCUUGUCUGCGAAUUUUCAACAAGCCAUACAAGUCUUGAAAGAACAACCGAGUAAGAAUUUAUUAACCAAAUUAUUAUCGGCUCGUUGUUAUCAUCAUAUGGAAGAGCCGAAAACUAGUUUGGCCAUUCUCAUGAAAUUAUGUCAUGAAAAUACGAGUGUGUACUCGAAUUCUACGACGUUUAACGAUGUCUAUGUGAGGAGUGUGUUGGCUUGCUCUCAAAUUUGUAUCAUGAUUUGUCAAUUGAUUCUUUUCAAGAUUUUACCAAAAAGAUUCAAGUUAAAGACGUUGUUACCUGAAGAAUUGGAAUUGGUGAAGGAUUCGAAUGAAAUAAUUUCAACUGUUGGUACUAGUAGUAACAAGAAUGGUGACAAGGCAUUGUUGACAUUUUCAGUCGACAAAGAUUAUUGUCAUGAAUAUUUUACAAAUUGUACGCUUUUACUUGAGAAGGCUCAGCGACUCUUGACACUUCUCAAGAAACACCAAACACAAACAGAACAAGUAUUUGAUGUACCCUUAUUGUCCUUUCCUGGAACUGGCAAUAGUCACAAUAAUCUCGAUGCUGAGAUUGUCACAGAUCAAAGUCUCUCUAAACAAAUCAAAACUCUCAAAAAUCACAUCUCCUUCCUCACUGCAAUAAUUCAUUUCAGAAAAUAUGAAUACGAUUAUUCCAGUACUCAACUCUCGGAAUGCAAAAAUUUACUGAUCAAGCUGGAGAACAAACACACCUUCUUGCAUACCGACAUGUACAUUACUCUUGCACGAGUGUGUUACAUUGAGGAAGAUUACGAGCAAGCACAUUACUAUAUCAACAAAGCGGAAAGAGCCAGAGCAUUAUUUCGAGAUUUGUUUAAAACAGAAGUAGGAGCACUGACUGGAGAACCUGUCAUGUUACUCUUGGAUAGCUCGUAUCAUUUCGACAUGUUUGAUCAUGUUCAAGAUUUGAGUUCUAAAAUUCUUCUUUCGAAAUAUUUUGAGUAUCGAAUAGUGAAAAGAAGUGAAGACAAGGAACGCUUGUUAGACUCUUUGGAUGAUAUUAACUUGAAGCGAAGACAACACGAUCGACGACUGUAUUCCUCAGAUCGAUUUGACCACACGCAAGAAUUUUAUGCUAAAUUAAGGAAAACCGUUUUCAAAAAGUAUGAUGUUUCUCUGUUGGAAGAAAUGGCAACAUGGGGUUUAUUUCCAUUUGUUGUUCGACUGGCAGAAAUUUUGUUAGCGAGAGAGGAGCAAAGUAAUGCUAUUGAAUCAAACAUUGCCAAUAGUGAUGGUGACAACGAUGACGUGUGUGAAAUAAUAUCGAUCAAUAAUGCAAUUUGUAUGCCAUCCGCUCAUUCUCCUGGAAGUAGUAGUUAUUGCAGUAGCAGCAGUGGUAGUAGUAAUAAUGGUAUGCCAAGUGUGGAAAAUGACACGAGUCAUUCCAAACAGACUCUGACCUUAAUUUUUUUCCUCAUUAAGGGAUUAUAUUUGUGCAAACGUUUUGAUAAGUGCCUUUCCACGUUUGUCAAGUAUGAAAAGCUUUUGGUUCAUGACAACCACAACACCAACAACACUAUUCAUUCACAGCAUCUUGUCAAGAUUUAUAAUUGGAUCAUUGAUAGCUAUGUUGCCUUGAAUACCAAUGGGUAUUGCUCUCAAUUAUUGACUUUGAAGCGAGUUCAAGAGAUGGUCAAAUGGAAUCUUCCUCAUUGGAAAACACAUCGAGAGAUUCUUCAUGUGGCCAUUCGAUUCUACAAAUUCUUAAAACAAGAGGGCACUGCUGCGACAGUCAGAGGUAAAUUAUUGAAUGCCAUUUUUGAUGAGAUUUCAGUGACGAAUCGAACCACUGGUAUUUGCAGCAGCAGUAAUAGCAGUGGCUCGAACAAGUCUGCCCAUGGUGCAAAAGCUAUCACAUCAUCCCAAUGCUGUCCAGAAUUUUUUGAAGAAUUACUCAACACAUAUUUAACUAGAAAGGUAAUCUUGUUAGAAGGUAGUUCCAGCAUUGUGAACAUGGAUCAAUCUCGUCAAGAUGCAAAACGAAAGGAUGAUGGCAAUUCAACAUGCUCUUCCAGCAGCUGCAUCACCAUUUCAACAGUGUCAAAACAAACUCCAGUUCUGCAAUUCGACGAUGAUUUGACUCUCUAUUCCUCAUUUGAAGACUUUGCUCCAAAGCGAGCGCAAAUGGAAAAGCAAAAGACAAGACAAGCUUUGGACGAACUCAAACGAAAACGUGAGGAAAAACAACAAGCUUCAAAGAAGAACAAGUUGUUGUAA